AUGAGCAGCUACCCUUUCGCCCCAAGACCGUUGAGCGACAGUCUCGCGAGCCUCAUGCGUCCACGAGCAUCCACAGGCCGCUACCAUCUCGAUGUGGUGGGUCUCACGACGCCUGUGGAAGCCGCAGUGAGU